CCAACUGUUCCUUUGGUCACUCACUUGGUCUUGAUAAAUGGCGAGAUUCUCAAAGGUACUCAGGAAGACUGAUAUUAAAAAGAGACUCUCAGUGCCGACCGGGUUUCUCAGCUCUCUUUCAUCUUUUAAUGGUGGUGCUCAUGCUGUAGAUUUUCAAGCUGUAGAUGGAAGUGGCCGUGUUUGGACCUUCAGAUGCUCAAUUCGCAAGAAAGGACAUCCAAAACCAGUUAUUUCAAAGGGCUGGCUCGCUUUUGUUGCUAGCAAGAGCCUUAAAGUUGGUGACAAGGUCCAGUUUUUAAAGGAGAAAAACGAAGCUGGCGCCAAAACACAUGCUUACGAGAUUCGGGCUGAGAAAGAAAUAUUUUCCAGUUGGAUGCUUCCUAACACGCUUUUAAAGCGUGUGUCUACAAAUAAAAGCGUGUUAGGAAGCAUCAAACUCUGA